UUUUUGACAGUUUCAGAAAGGGGAGGACAAGAAAGAGUGUAUACGUGUGCGUGUGCAUGAGAGAGAGAGAAAGAGAGAGAAUGAGAAAGAAAUAGAGAAUGAGAGAGAAAUAGAGAAUGAGAGAAAGAGAGAGAGAGAGAGAGAGAUGCAUGGAUGGAUAGAUAUAAAGAGAAAGAGAGAGAGAGAGAGAGAGAGAGAGAGAGAGAGAGAGAGAGAGAGAGAGAGAGAGUAAGAAUGCAACUUAACCCUUUGCCAUCGCUGCAGACCUUAAUAAAUGAGAGGACUAUUUUUUUUAUGUAACCGGUUUAUAAGUACACGUUUUUCAAUAUGCUGCCAACCUUUGCAUCGAGCACGCUUUCGUGGUCAAUAGACACGUGAAAUUGCGAUCGAAUAACGUUCAAGGACUCCGAUAGUCGAUUCCAAGUAACGCGUUUCCUCUUUAGAUCGUUUUUCGUGUCGUUUGCCUCCGUGAAACCGGUUAUCUUAUGUUUACGAUACACUUGUCAUUUUAAUUAUAUGUAAUAGUGGAUUUUCAAAUCGAUUUUUUCUUAUCUUUUUCCGUCUGUGUUUUGCGAUAUGACAGUGUUGAGGAGAGCAACGUACGUGUACCCUAAUCAUCACCAAUUCAUUUUUACUAGUGACGUCUUUCGAUUAAAUUUCAAAACCAGCCUGUGAAACCAUGAAUGCCUCAGAACAUGGGUUUAACCCAGCCUUUAACAUGGCUUCCAUAAAACAAGCUUUCAAUGAGGCAGUAGAGAGAGUUUCAACAGUUAGAAUGCCGGCACCAACAAGAUUGAGAGACCUAAUCAGACAAAUAAGAGCAGCUCGAACGGCAGCGGAAGAAAGGACAGUAGUAAACAAGGAAUGUGCUUAUAUUCGUUCAACAUUUAGAGAAGAGGAUAGUGUUUGGAGAUGUCGUAACAUCGCAAAACUUUUAUACAUUCACAUGCUUGGAUAUCCAGCACAUUUUGGACAAUUAGAAUGUUUGAAACUUAUUGCAUCACCCAGGUUCACAGAUAAACGUAUAGGCUAUUUGGGAGCAAUGUUACUACUAGAUGAACGACAAGAUGUUCAUUUAUUAAUAACAAAUUGUUUAAAAACUGAUUUAAAUAGUUCUACACAGUUCGUAAUUGGUUUGGCCCUUUGUACAUUGGGUGCUAUUGCAUCGCCAGAAAUGGCAAGGGACCUUGCUUCUGAAGUUGAAAGACUGAUGAAAUCACCGAAUGCAUAUAUUAGAAAAAAAGCUGCAUUAUGUGCUUUUAGAAUUAUUAGACGGGUACCAGAAUUAAUGGAAAUGUUCUUACCUGCUACACGAAGUUUAAUUACAGAAAAAAAUCAUGGAGUGUUAAUAACUGGCGUUACUCUUAUUACUGAAAUGUGUGAAAAUAGUAUUGAUACAUUGAACCAUUUCAAGAAGAUUGUGCCAAAUCUAGUGAGAAUUCUGAAAAAUUUAAUACUAGCUGGAUAUUCUCCUGAGCAUGAUGUAUCCGGAGUAUCUGAUCCAUUUUUGCAAGUGAAAAUUUUACGUCUUCUUAGAAUUUUGGGACGUAACGAUGUGGACGCAUCCGAGGCAAUGAAUGAUAUUCUUGCACAAGUUGCUACAAAUACAGAAACCAGUAAAAAUGUUGGCAAUACAAUAUUAUAUGAAACUGUUCUCUCAAUAAUGGACAUUAAAUCUGAAAGUGGACUUAGAGUAUUAGCGGUUAAUAUCCUAGGCCGAUUUUUAUUAAACAAUGAUAAAAAUAUUCGUUAUGUUGCAUUAAAUACAUUAUUGAAAACAGUUUAUGUGGAUACAAGUGCAGUUCAGAGGCAUCGUUCAACAAUAUUGGAAUGUUUAAAAGAUCCAGAUGUAUCAAUAAGAAGGAGAGCAAUGGAACUGAGUUUUGCGCUUGUUAAUUCAAGUAAUAUUAGAAAUAUGAUGAAAGAAUUAUUGCUCUUUCUAGAACGUGCAGAUCCUGAAUUCAAAGCCCAAUGUAGUAGCAAUAUAGUAAUGUCUGCGGAAAGAUUUGCACCUAAUAAACGUUGGCAUUUGGAAACAUUAUUUAAAGUCCUUGUUGCUGCUGGCAAUUAUGUACGAGAUGAUGUAGUAGCUUGUACAAUUCAAUUAAUCUCAGAGACGCAAUCACAACAAGGUUAUGCUGUUAGUGCAUUAUGGCGUGCAUUAGAAAAGGAUACAUCAGAUAAACAACCUUUGGCUCAAGUAGCAACGUGGUGUAUUGGAGAAUAUGGUGAUCUUUUACUUUAUGGUCCACCAUUGGAGGAUGCAGAUGCACCAAUAAACUUAACAGAAGAUGAAAUUAUUGAUGUUUAUCAAAGAUUAUUAUGGAGUCCACAAAACACAGUUGUUACAAAACAAUAUACUUUGUUAUCCCUUACAAAAUUAAGUACAAGAUUUCAAAAAGGAAAUGAAAAAAUUCGGCAGAUUAUAGAUACGUUUGGUAGUAAUUUACAUAUUGAGCUGCAACAAAGAGGCAUUGAAUUUUCACAGUUGUUUAGAAAAUAUGAUCAUUUACGACCUGCAUUGCUUGAGAGAAUGCCUCCAAUGGAGACAGCAAGGCCACAAGCAAAUGGUAUUAUUGGUAUGGUGAAUGGCGAGCCAGAGCAAGAAGAUGAAAAAUCAGUAGUAUUGGAAACAUCUGUUACCCCAUCUGAUUCAAGUGCACUUUUGGAUUUGCUCGGAAGUACCGACGUUGGGAUGACAAUGCCAAUAGUUACAACUAAAAAUCCACCUCCUCCUGCAACAAGUAUAAAUAACAACGAUCUUUUAGAUUUACUUGGUAGUUUGGAUAUGAAUACAGGGGCACCACCUUUAGUAUUACCCCAACAAUCACAAUUAACAACACAGAUAUUUAAUCCUACGAAUACGACAAACUUUUUGGUAGAUGGCCUACUUAAUUCUUCAGCGCAAAUUGAAACUCCAAGUAUGAUUGUUUUGGAUAAAUCUGGACUUAAAAUAACUUUUAAAAUGGAAAGACCGCCAGAUAUUACAGACUUAUUAAUUAUAAAUAUGACAGCACAUAAUUCUACGAAUAGUGCAUUAAGUGAAUUUUUAUUUCAAGCCGCAGUUCCUAGGACAUUCCAACUACAGAUGCUGCCACCAUCAAGUACAGUUAUUCCUCCAUCAGGCGAAGUUACUCAAGUAAUAAGAGUUACAAAUAUCAAUAACGUACCAUUAAGAAUGAGACUACGAAUUUCUUAUACUGGAUCAGCAGGGCCAAUUUUAGAACAAACAGAAGUAAAUAAUUUUCCCUCAUUGGUAUCACAGUGACAUCUUACAAUACAAAAAACAAUUGUACAUAUGCCUGCCUAAUAAUUAAUUAAGUCUGAUAUAGACCAUACACAACCUCUUUAUUUUUGAGGUAAAGUGAACAUAUGCGUUGACAAAAAUGUACCAAACAUUUCUUUUUAUCCAUUGAAUGAUUAAUGAACAUCAAGCACGUGUAGUGCGAAUAGAGUUUAUUUUAUGGCAUGUGCAUAUCGAUAUUAAUUUUUCUUAUUGGAAAAGGACAUCCCACCUGCUCACAGGCACAACCCUGUGUUCAAUACUAAGCAAUAUCAUAAUUAUUUCACUUAUGUACAGAUUACUUAUGUAUAUUACACAUUAUUAGAUAUUGUUCGAAAUUGUAUGUAAUAUUCUUAAGUUUUCUCUUCUUAAGUAUUUUAAAGUAUAUCAUUGGUAGAAGAGCUGUUAUAAGUCGAGAUAGUUAUUGAAUAUUUUUUUGGUUAUAUCAUUGAUAUGCAUGCAUCAUACACUUGUAGAUAAUCAACCUAAAAAAAAAAAAACACAAAAAAAAAAAAUAUAAAAAAGACAUUAAAAUGAUGCUUGCUUGAGCAGGUGAUACAAUAUUAAUUUCGACAGUUUACAGAGGAACGUCGAGCGUAAUCGGUAAUAAAUGAAUAAAGCGGAAAAUAUGAAAAAUAAUGUAAAAUAUCAUUCGUAUUAUGGUGCAUGUCUAUAAAAAAAAAAAAAAAAAAAAAUAUAUCAUUGUAAAUAUUUUCUCUACCAGGACAUAAUAAGGUAGGAAAAUAAUAUUGGAUACAACACUACUCUGUUAAUUUGUUAAAUUUAUGAUAUUAUUAUGUCUCUUCAUUUAGUUUGCAUAUCUUAAAGUAUUUGGUAAAAAUAAUAGAAUCUCUCCGAUCUAUCUCUUAAUAGUAUGAAUGAAUUAUGAUUCUCUUAAAAGUGUUGUUGUCCUGUUACUAUAAUGAACAAUUAACCCUUGCUGUAAUAAUUGAUCUUUUCUACUAUAUUUGUAACAAAUGAAAAAACUCGAUUGCCUUGUAAAUAAUAGAUAGGUGCAGUCAUAUAGAAGUGAUGAGAUUCUUAUACAGAUGAAAUACAAAAUGGAAUUCUUACAAAAUAUGAAUAUAAUACAAUUAUUAGGAUUAUAUUAUAGUAUUCACUUUUUUGAUGUUUUAUUUAAAAAAAUUUUUGUUGCGAUUAUACACACGUGGUUGAAUAUAUGCGUUACAAUAUCCCUCAUUUGCUAAUAAUGUCAGGGAUGCAGUGUUUAUACAAAUUCGAGUGUAUUUAGAAUAUAUAGUAACAUUGGAGGGCUGAAUUCUGGUUGUUAUAUAACAUUGGUUUGAUUGCAAACAUUUAAUUGCUCUAUAUGGGGGACAUAAGUUAUUAAAAUCACACAAUCAUAAUUUAUUGAAACUAAAGAAGAAAAAAAAAUCGUUGUUUUUAACAAUUAAAAUAAAGUUAUAUACAAAAUUUGAUUUAUAAUUGUAAAAACUAUAUUUAACACUUACAAAGUGAUUAAAAUCAAUGGAAUAUGAGGAAUUGAUGACAGUAUAUAAGAAGUUUUAUAUGUUGCAAAUAUGUAAUUAUUUAACACGUGUAAAAAUGUAGUUUAACCGGAAUUAAUCAUGCUCUCGUAUGAUAGACAAAUUAGUUUGCACUAUUGAAAUUUUUAAAUAAUUCAUUUUGGGUCUGCCUUUUAAAAUUAUAAUAUAAUUUAAGAAUUCAUCUGUCAACAAUUCACAAUAUGAGAUAACAACUAAAAAAUGAUAAAAAUUUGUUUAUACAUUUGCACAAAACACAUUACAUUCCUUAUCUAAUUUAUUCAAAUUGUAAAGUUUAGCACUUUGUAAUUUAAAAAAAAAA